AUGGCAUUGCGAGUGGCUGUUGCCCGUUUAAAAACAGUUGCUGGAGGACCGUCUUUAUUACGCAUAAACAAUACAUUUAGUCGUUCGAAACAUUUCAAUAGUGAGUCACCACUAGCUAAACAUGCUAGAAAACGUACCAGCACAGUACGUUUAAUAGGCGGUGGUGUGGCCAUUGGUGUCGUAGUUGGAGCAGCUUAUUCAUAUUUUUCGGAUUCAGAGAGAAAAUUGCCUGGUGCGAUAGUAAAUACUCCAACACAAAUACCAAUCUUGAAGACAUUACCCACUGAUCUGAAGGUCACCCGUAAAGUACGACACAAUAAUGAUGAGAUUGCCAAUAUUAUUUUAUUUCAGUAUCCAACUUGUCCAUUUUGUUGUAAGGUACGAGCAUUUCUUGAUUAUGUGAAGGUGCCAUAUGAUAUCAUUGAAGUAGACCCUAUUCUCAAACAGCAAAUAAGUUGGUCAGAUUAUAAAAAAGUUCCCAUUCUAUUAGUAAAAUCAAGUAAUGGCUACCAACCACUUACCGAUAGUACAAUGAUCGUAUCUGCUCUGGCUUCUUAUUUAAAAGAUAAAACAUUUACCAUUGAAGAUAUUGCAAAUUUUUAUCCAUCAAUGGUCUAUGUUGAUGUAGACGGAAAGAGAAAGACGGACAUCAUGAACAAAUAUUUUAUCAUGAAUGAAGACGAAUCUGAAAAAUCAAAACGUUUAAACUUUGAAAAUGAAAGGACAAUGGAGAAAAUGGUCUGA